AUGCCUCGGAGUCACAAGAGUAAGCAUCAGGCCUACGAGAAACGCUGCCGGGCCCGAGGUGAGACUCAGGGUGAAGGUGCUAAGGCCACUGCAGUAGCUGAGGAGGAGUCCACUUCCUCCUCCUCGCCUCAGUGUGAAGGUAAUACCCAGAGUCAGCCUGCUGCUGACUUAUGCAGCACUUCCCAGGGGCCUCAAAGCACACCAGUCACCACUACUGCAGUCAUUUCUUGCCCUGGAUCUGACGAAGCUUCCAACAGCCAAGAUGAGGAUACGGCAGAAGCCUCUGAGGCCCUGCUUUCCACUGAGAGCUCAGACAUAGAUAAUUUAGCCAAAAUUGUCAUGUUUUUGGAGCGAUUCCUUCUGUACAAGUAUAAAAUGAAACAACGCACUCUGAAGGAAGACAUGCUGAGGAUUGUCGGCACAUAUUACCAAGACCGAUUUCCUGAGAUCCUCAGGAAGGCCUCUGAGCACAUUGAGGCCGUCUUUGCGUUAGAGGUGAGGGAAGUCGACUCAACUAGACAGUUAUAUGACCUUAUCAGCAAGCUGAAACUCCCCAACAAUGGGAGGGUGCGUCCUGGCAGAGGCUUACCCAAGACCGGUCUCCUGAUGAAUAUCCUGGGCAUGAUCUUCAUUAAAGGCAACCAUGCCACUGAGGAAGAGAUCUGGCGACUCCUGGGUCUGAUGCGAGUAUAUGCUGGAAGGAAGCACUUCAUCUAUGGGGAGCCCAAGAAGCUCAUCACCAAAGAUUUAGUGAGGCUAAAGUACCUGGAGUACCGCCAGGUGACCGGCAGUGAUCCUCCACGCUACGAGUUCCUCUGGGGUCCGAAAGCACAUCUUGAAACCAGCAAGAUGAAAGUCCUGCAGUUUUUGGCGAAGAUCAACGAUACCGUCCCCACUGCUUUCCCAUACUGUUACAAAGAGGCUUUGCAAGAUGAACAAGAGAGAACACGGACCAUUGGAUGCAGCAAGGGCUGCAACUACUGCUGA